ACUCCUUCUGGGCCCCUAGAAAUCAAGAAACAGAGCGAAGCCCAAAGAAUUGGAACCAGUGGGAAAUUUAAAUUAAAUGCCUCAGGAUAAAUGUCCUCUCAACCCUCGCACGUGACCCUUGGUAUCAUUUCCAGACCUGACUUUUGGCUUAAGUGGCGGACCAUGGUUUUCAUUCGAAUUGGCUUUUCUAUAAGCUCUCGAAAUUUGGUUUCUACUCACAGACACCUCCUUUUUCACUCUGAUUAACAAUGAAUAUGAUGCGCGCCAAAAGAACCAACACACAGCCCCUAGAGGAUGCCUCUACUGCCCCCGCAACCUUCAACGAUGGUCUCCCCCUCCCAAAGCUGAUCGCAUUUGAUUUGGAUUACACCCUGUGGCCAUUUUGGGUGGAUACACAUGUCAGCGCACCAAUUAAGCCACGAGAUAAUAAUUCCCGGUGUACCGACAGGUGGAAUGAGUCGUUCGCCUUCUACCCCGCGGUAUCAGCAAUCAUCUAUGCAUGCAAAACUCGCUCAAUCCCGCUAGCUCUGGCUUCCCGUACCCAUACUCCCGACCUUGCUCGGGACAUGCUCAAGGCCCUUCACAUCAUUCCAACUUUCUCUGAUAACCCCGCAGCUAAGGCGAAGUCGGUUCGUGCCUUAGAUUAUUUCACCUACGUUCAGAUCUUUCCGGCAAACAAGACACAACAUUUCUCGAAGAUUUACCAGGCUAGCGGUAUCAACUAUGAGGAUAUGCUCUUCUUCGAUGAUGAGGCGCGCAAUCGGAACGUUGAGACAGAGCUUGGGGUUACUUUCUGUCUCGUUCGAGACGGGAUGACAAAAGAAGAGGUCGAUCGGGGAGUCUGGGCAUGGCGUAAAAGGAACGGAAUAAAGCCCACGGCGCCAAAGGAAGACAAUGGCGAGCCGGUGAAUUGAAUGGAUUAUUACAAGGGUUGGCCAUAGAUCAGGUUGAUUAUCCUGAGAAUUAGCGUUGGGAACUGGUACUGGUUUUCAUGACUAAACUUUUUAUGAUGAAGAUACCCAGAUGGGAUGAUGAGAUAACCGCUAUAUAUAUAGAUAUAGAAACUAGAC